UGAGUGAGAUAGAGCUAGUUGUUGUGAAGCUGUUGAUAAUAAAGAUAUUCAAUGGUAAUCGAUUAUAUUUGGCGUAGCUACGCGACCGGCUUUUCCAUCGGUGCAGUGUCGUUAGUGGAUGGACAUAUUGGUGGAUACAUCUCGCUACAAGGGUGAAGCGUAGGGCGUAGGGACACUUAGUACGGCAGGAAAACCAGAAUCGGUUACUUCAAAAUUUGAAUUUGCCACAUUUUGUUCGCGUGUGGAAACAACUAUAGAGUACAAGAGUGUGUCGUCCGCGCGCCAUUUCAGGUGAUGCUGUUGCAUAUUGAAGACGCGCUCCGUUCCUCGAAUCAGUAAAGGUUGAUUUUAGUCUAUACUUUCAGUAGUAUAUUUGUGUUGUUAUUUAUUUGUUUGUGUGUUGUGUUAUUUGUUAAAAUAGUGAGCUUUCCAUCCUUUAGUGACUCGAAACUUCCCAUCGUGCACUAUUGGCUAGUAUAGAGGUGGGGGAGAGCAGCGUUAUAAAAAAGCAACGGUUCGCGCAACUGGCGUCAUUCGCUUGUUGUGCAAGCUUAAGAACGUGCCAUUGUGCAGUGCAAACCGUUGGACAUUAGAGCGACUGUUUGUUGUGAGUUUGAGAUUUUGCUUGACUAGCUAUGAGCGACAGCCCUACUAAGAGCGAAGAAGAAAUCACCAGAUUGCUCCAUUCAACAGAUUAGCUAUACAGAGUCUACUUGAAGACGCUAGGAAGUUCCAAAGGCAGAGGAGCAUUGACCAUAAGGCAACUCGGAUGAAGCCAAACUUACAAAUGAACAAAAAUUUUUUAAAGCGUCUAUUGCAGAAUCACGAGUAUUCGAACGGAAGAAGGAUGGCCCAGAGAGAUAGUUCUAUCCGUGGAUCCAAAGUAGAGGAGAGUGAGGCUAUGGACAAUGUUACAGCGAAGCAACCUUCCAGACAUCCGGAGCCACAAUCUGUUGAGAAGGGAGAUGAGCCGAAAGGCUCAACUGGCAAUGGUGCUACUGUUGAACAGGAGGCAUCAAAAGCGAGUUGCAAGGAAACUGCAACUACUUAUUCAGUUGACGACAAAGACGAUAUACUAAUCUCAUUAGAGAAAGCUAUCAAAGGUGAACCUGAAGAAGACGAUUAUGAUGAGCAGGUUGAUCUACAAUUGAGCGUUGAAGAUGAUGCUGAGGAGUCAGUAGAGAAGUCAUCUCCAACAAGAGAGGUUGACAACAUGCAUCACGAUGAGACCACCCAAGACAUUUCUACCCAGGUGAAGAAAUUCUAUAACGAAAGAACUGGGGAUGAUAAAAUCAUAGACCUAAGUGAAGAGGAUAAGGCAGCCAGUAGUGCUGAUACAGAUGAACAGAAGGAUGGAUUAUGUAAUCCUACAGAAGCCAAAAAAGAUGAGGAAGAUACAGGUGAUCUGCAACCAUCUUCAAUUAUUAUUCCAGAGGAGACUCGAAACACUGAAGCACUUUCUACCUUGGUAAAAAAUUUCUACAAUGACAGUACUGGGGAUGAUAAAAUCAUAGACCUAAGUGAAGACGAUAAGGCAACCAGUAGUGCUGAUACAGAAGAAAAGAAGGAUGGAUUUUUUAAUCCUACAGAAGCCAAAAAAGAUGAGGAAGAUACAGGUGUUGCCAUCCAACCAUCCUCAAUUGUUGUUCCGGAGAGGACUCGAAGCACUGAAUACAGCUUAAAAGAUAAGUCCUCUAAAAGGAAAAUCGACGAAGACGACGAUAAUGAUGAUGACGACGACGAUGAUGAUGACAAUCUUGUCAUCGAAAUAUCCGAUAGCGACAGUGACAGUGAGACUUACAAUGUCACUGACAUUAAACGUGCUCGUACGUCACCCUCAGAAAAUUAGAUUUAUUUAUAUGUACGUUAUUUUUUUUUUAUUUUAUUUAUAUUUAUGUAUGAUAAUUCAGUUUGGUGUAGAAAAAUAUAUCACUGAAUAAGUAUUUCAUAUAAGGCCUAAAUGUUAUAAGAAUACACUAUUACAUUGGAAAUGUUAUUUGAGUUUACGAAAAGUAAACAAAUCCCAAUGUGUAGACUAAAUGUUGUGUGAAUGUUCCCCCUUUAAUGUAUUUUAUUUUUGUUUAAAUAAUUUUUUUUUUCCAAAAAUAUAAGACUGAGGGGAGAGUAAUACAAGUCGAAAGGCCAUUCUAUAUUUUUUACGUGUUAUUGUUUAUAUUUCUAUUAUU